AUAUCUAGAAGUCGUAUUAAUCGCUCUCGCUGUCUUCAUUUCUGUCUGGUUUCAAUGCAAAUAAAAUCAUUUGAAGAGAUUUCACAAUAGAAGAGAUGGAUGUUCUGGAGGAGUCGGAGCCAUGUUGUUUUUAUUGCACAUCAUUGUUAAUGGAGCCAUAUAUACAGUGUGCAUCAUGUGAAAAGUCAGAGAGUAAGGGGGCAGUGACACUCUGUUUACAUUGUUUUGCUAAAGGCGUGGAGUUUGGGGAUCAUCAGAGUGAUCAUCCUUAUACUAUAGUGAAAAACAAUUUUCCUGUUUUUGAGAGGAAUUGGACAGCUUUAGAAGAAAUGCAGUUAUUGAAAGCUGUUUGUGAUUGUGGAUACGGCAACUGGCUAGAUAUUGCCCAUAAAGUGAGGACAAAGACCUACCUAGAAUGCGAAAGACAUUAUAACCAAUGUUACAUAGAAAAAGUGCAAGAUGGACUCCCAGAAUUCCCAGAAAGUAAUUUAUCAUUUUUCCCCAGGCCAGUAGUGUUUAAAUUGUCAGAGGACCCGCCUCGUCCAGCUGAGGGUUCACAUGUUACCACGGAAAUGGCCGGAUAUAUGGCGGGUAGAGGAGAUUUUAUGGUGGAACAUGAAAACUACUUUGAACAUGAUCUCCGUAAUCUACACUUUGAUUUUCAUGAAGAUGAUCAAGUAGAAACUGAUCUAAAAUUUGCUGUUGUUGAUGUUUACAUGAGAUGUUUAAAAGAAAGAAGAAGGAGAAAAAGAAUUAUUAGGAAAUAUGGGUUGAUAAAUCUCAGGAAAAAUAUGAGAUCCAUGUAUCGACAUGAUGUAAUAUGGAGCCAAUACGUUGAAGGUUUUAGGGUGUUUGCACGCCUCUUGUCACCAGACAGUUAUGAAAUGUUCCAGGAAGCGCUAUAUUAUGAGCAGGAAUUGAAGAAUGAGAUAAGACAUUUGAAAGAGUACAGAAGUAAUGGUCUCACUAAACUACAGCAUAUAAAAAUGUUCAGAUUAUUAAAAAAGAACCGAGAAAAGGAACGGGGUGAUCGCCAUUUGCUUCAAGACGUUAUUUCUCAUAUAAGGGAUGAGUCUGCCUGCCAGACAUGGUUACAGAGACAAGCCGCCCUGGAGAGUCUGGGGAAACCGUCACAUCUUCCUAGUGCACCAAGAAGAGUGGCGCCCCCAUUAGAUGUUACAGGACUCCCAAGUUAUGAUAGAUUGAAUGUUAGGGAAAGGGAACUCUGUUCUCAGCUACGUCUCAUGCCAAGUGCCUAUCUUGAAUUUAAAGUGGCGCUGAUAAACGAGAGUGACAAACACGGAGGACUGCGGCUGGCUCAAGCUCGACAACUUAUAAAGAUUGAUGUGAAUAAGACGAGGAAAAUAUAUGACUUACUUGUAAACGAGGGAUCUAUUAAAAAAGAUAGCUCAUAGGAUUUCUAAGUGUAUUUGAAGAAAAGUUUUAUGAUUUUGUAUUGGAUAUUGAAUAGCAAAAAUGUU